AUGUGGCGUUACACCUUUACAUUCCUCAGCCUUGCUUGCGCUACUGGUGUGGCCUACUUGGUCCCAAUAUUACCGGAGUCCAUUACUUUACCUCUUCCGCACCGCCUAGUCCUGCAAUAUGCAGAGCCAACGUGGCUUGAAAAUAUUGCGGUCCGCUCCAAUGGUGACCUGCUCGUGACAGGUUUUCAGCCUGAUGCUCCGCUGUUCAUCAUCUCGGACCCAGCAAGCUUGGCGCCAAAGUCGAAACUGCUUCACCCUUUCGGAGCAGUCAAGAGCCUCACGGGCAUAACUGAAGUCAGUGAUGACCUAUUCGUUGUCGUGGGGGGCAACUUUUCUGGGAUAACGCCAAUGCCAGAGUCAUUCUCAGCAUGGAGUAUCGACUUUCGCCAUCAUCAAGAACCGACCAUCGAAUUCAUUACGUCCCUUCCAAAAGUGAUUUUCCCGAACGGCCUAACCUCUCCAGAAGGAUCCCAGGAUGUGGUCCUUAUUGCCGACUCCACCCUGGGAGCUAUUUGGAAUCUCAACAUUCAAACAGGAGAAUAUGAUAUCGCAGUCAACGUACCCGAACUAGCUGCCCCAUCUGGUGCCUCGAAUGGCUUCGGUGUGAAUGGUGUCAAGACCCACGGCGACUUUCUGUACUGGACUAAUAGCGCCGAAGCUGCAAUAUAUCGUAUCAAGAUCAUGCCGGAUGGUUAUCCUGUCGAAGGCGCUGAAGCUGAGAUGGUUGCGAGGGCAGAUGCUCCAUUUCUUGACGACUUUACGAUCGACACCAAGGGCACUAUCUGGGCGACGACCAAUACCGACAACCGACUUCUAGCGAUUGGGCCUUCGGGGCAGACUGUGACUGUGGCUGGAGCGGCUACCGAGAUGACGGUUGCUGGUGACACGGCUGUGGCAUUUGGCCGCGGCAUGAAGGACAAGCAUAUCUUAUAUGUCAGUACCAGCGGUGCCAUCAACAACCCGGUGAACGGUACUUUGGUAGAAGGCGGGAAAGUAGUAGCCAUUGAUACCAAGUGUUAUUAA